AUGGAUAACUCAGCGUAUAUAACGGAAUUGGAAAAUGAGUUUGUUGACCAAAAACAUGCUACAUCCCAGGUGUACACACACAGUUUCGACGAAGCCCUAGGACUGGCGCGUGUCGGACGCUUCCAUUACAUGCUAAUGCUUAUAAGCGGUUUAUGCUUUUUGGCUGUCAUGACUGAGACUUUGUGCAUGGGCAUGAUAAUUCCCUUUGUAAAAUGUGAUCUGGAAGCGUCAGAAGCCGAACAGGGUCUACUUGCAUCGGCGGGCUUCUUCGGCAUUAUGCUCAGCUCACACAUGGUGGGCUUCCUGGCGGAUACAGCGGGUCGCGUGCGAACAUUGCGAUAUUCAUUAACAUUGGCAGCCAUUACAACAAUUAUAGCAGCCUUUUCCGUCAACUUGUGGAUGUUAAUCGUAUUUCGCUUCCUCAACGGUUUCUUCAUCUCUGGCUGUCAGGCGUGUGUCUUUAGUUUGGUCGGUGAAUUUCACAGCAAUAAAACGCGCGUACGCUACGUGGCGCUAUUGACGAUUUUUCUACCGCUGGCGUUCGUGAUUUUGCCAGCCGUCGGUCUUGUCAUUCUUCCCCUACAAUUCGAUAGUGUAAUUUUUGGCAUGCCGUUCUCCUCAUGGCGACUUUUCUUCCUCAUUAAUACAACGCUGUCUUUCUUGGGACUCGCUGGAUUAUGUACACUGCCCGAGACGCCGAAAUAUAUGUUGGUGCAUGGAAAUCAUGAUGCAGCUUUAAACACCUUGCGUAGCAUUUACUCAAAGAAUACCGGCGACAAGCCAGAGAAUUUUCCGGUGAAAAGUAUUCUUUUAGAGACUGGUGGUGCCGAUUUGGAAAACAUUCAUGGUGUCAGUGAUGCAUUAAAAAUGAUUUGGAGUCAAACAGCGCCACUGUUUUAUAGGAAACGUUGCUUACAAACGUUUAAUAUAUGUUUCUCCUUGUUUGUGACAUUUGGAGUAUCUGAGGGACUGUUCAUGUGCUUAAAUUCGGAGUGUAUUUCUGCCAUAAACAAUAUUUUUACAAAAGCCAUAUCCUGUACGGCGGCAGAAUUGAGCUAUGGGUCUCUCCGUUGGAGUGACAACAUCAAGACGCAUACCACAAAUUUAAAAUGGCGCUCGGACUGCAGUUAUUGA